AUGGAGAGAAGAGCGCAGGUUCCGGGAUCGCGGAAUCCAGGCCCCCCAAAGACGGAUUGGGCUGCAGCACUGGAGACUUUGCCUGCGCUGCCGCCGAAGUGGGACUGGGUCGCGGCAGUUCGGGAGAGGUCAGAAGGUUUGGCAGAUGCCAUUGAUGCAUUGAAUUCGGGGAGGUGUCGGCCCUUGCGGCUGGGGACGCCUUGUGCAGGCUUCGAGGCGCCGUACUUUGCUCUCCGACAGCUGGGCGUGCAGCAUUUUGAGCAUGUCUUUACGAUCGAUGUCGGCUCACAUGCUGCGAAGUUCUGCAGGAAUUUGAAUCAUGCCAAGAAGACUUGGCUUGGCCAGGCGGAGGGCGACCUCAUGAAACUGGAUUUGACCCAAGUGCCUUCUGUGGACAUUCUUGUUGCAGGACCUCCCUGUCAACCCUUCUCUUCGAUGGGGCGCCGUGAUGGCAUUCGCGAUCCUCGAGCGGGAGUGUUUUGGCGAACCAUUGACCUCAUUGCAGAGCUGGCCCGUCGACCAGGAGAGGAAGCUCUCAGGUGUUUUAUCCUCGAGAACGUGGACGGCGUCAAGAUUGCAGAUGCUCACGGGUUCCGAGGAAUCGACGAGAUCAUCAGGCGUCUGCGGGUGGCAGCGCCUGCCUUCACCGUGAGGGUCUACGACAUGAACUCGAAGGAUUACUCCCUCCCGCAAAACCGGCAGAGAGUCUAUUUCGUCGGAGUCCACAAGUCCAUGCAAAUGCGCAAGCGGACGUUCUGCACACCGCCUAAACACGAACCCGGUCCCAAGUUGGAGGAUUGGCUGGUGAAGCCCGAGAGCGUCCCUGACCGCUUCAAAGAGGUCCCGCACAGCUUGAAGACCAAGAAGAGAAAGUUCGACGAGAAGCUGCACACAGAGAUGGCCAAGCUUCCGUGGCGGGUCGCCUGUGCAGAGAUUCAUCGGCAUGUGGACUCUGGUUUCGGUGGUAGAAUUUGCACUGACGUGAUAGGGACGAUCCUUAGCUCUCCAAUGACCAGCUGGCUGUGGAUUCGCGAUGGCGAACAGGUCACGGAGAGAUCGCUACUUCCCGUUGAACAGCUGCAUGUACAAGGCUUUCCGAGCAGGGAUCCCCAGCUGGCUAAAGCCUUGCUCGGUCUCAGGGAUCAGGAGGUCACAACUGGAGCUGGUAAUGCGAUGAGUGUUCCAGUAAUCGGAUCCGUGCUGGCGGACAUAUUCGUGAAAACUCUUGUCGGCAGGCUGGAUGCGGCGAUGGAGGUCUCUGAUUCGGAGGACGUGGAUGGAGAGUCCAGCCAGGGGCCUACCUUCCCCCGCUUCCGAUGUGGAUGCUGGCUCCACCUCAGGAGCUUGCCACAGGGGCCGGGCGGGGCCAUGGGUGACGUCUGUGUGCACUCCGGUCGUCGAAGCCAGAAGUUGGUGCUGGGACGAGAUCCGAGGCGAGCUUCUGCGCUUCUCCUGGAGGCCGACCGUUUGCAAGAGACGUCGGUCAUCAGCCGAGUUCAUGCAGAACUCAUUCCAGGUUCUCAGCCAGGCGAAGCCUUUGUUCGUGAUCUGGGCAGCACAAACGGCUCAUGGAUUCUGGGGCGUGGACGCAUCUGCCCACAAAACGUGGAGAUGGAGGUCCUGUGCUGCGGAGACGAGCUUUCUCUCGGGGUGGACCCGUCGACGUGGCAAGAAGGCAUUGACACCAAAGGGUCAGGCCACAGCAAUCAGAACUACCGCUUCCUGUAUCGGGUGGAAAUGCCUACGAAGCGCCGGCGCACAGAGACGGCUGAGACUCCGUCACCUGCACCAGAGGCUGAAGAGUUGGUGCAGCAGCAGCAUCCGGAGCCUCCCGCGAAUGAGGAGUCCGUCUUCCCCUCUGCUGCCGCCGCGAUAGCAGCCCUGGAAUCGCUGGAGCAUGAGAGAUAUGGUCAGAGCGCUGGCGAAGUGCUCAUGGCCGUGAUACCUAGAUUUGGUGGCAGUUGCCCCCAUGUACAAAGACUUGGCGGCAUGGGCUCCAAGCCUAGGCCGCGAACGGGGCUUCUGCUCGCAAUGCUGUUGGUGCUUUCUGCAUCCCAGCCGGAGCCAGAGCGGCUUCGGAUAUUGCAUGCAACACGCGCAGAGAGGCGGGUCAUGCUGCAGGACGAGGUGCUGGAGUAUAUUGAAAUCGACUUACAUUUCUCAGCGCCUGUCUAUGCCGUCAGCUGCGCUCAAACUCGCGGACUCCAUGUAGCCGAGGCAGACCGUUGUGCAAGCUGUCCGCCUGGCUGCACUCUAUCGGCCGCAUUUAGCCGAUUUCCCUACGUCCCGGACUUGUUGCCAAAGUUGCAAUCGGAGCCCGAAUGCAUCUGUGGCAUCAGCUUCGAAGAGAUGCAGUUGAAGGUUCAAGCUUGGCCGGGCGACCAGGGCUUCGGUGCUUUGGUGGAUCGUCGGCCGGCCUUCAUCCAUGGAGUUCGCGACACAUCCAUCAUGUACAGUUCCGCCAUCUGGAAGUUCGACGCGCUCAUGGCUACCAUCAAAUGCCCGAAUGAGGCCAACAUGACCCCAGCAUUGGCCAGAAUCCGACGAUUUGGCAUCAACGGACCUCCGGCGGACAAUUCCCUGUUGUGGUUUCGGCGCUUCGAGACAGCAUUUGGGGUUGAAACCAUUCACAGACUACUGGCCAAUGCUUCGAAAUCUUACAGCUCACGACGUGCUAUUUUCCUUCUGCCGGUGAAGCGGACAAAACAUGGACGCACCAAGCAGCUCGGACUCACUUUGCAACAGAUGGCAGGUUGUCGCUUGGAGCUUCCCUACUUGGUGGGUCCUCGGGGAGAGCCAGCGGAGAGUGUCGAAAAUGUGGCUGCUUUACCUGAGCAAAAGUUCGCUUGCAACUCUGUUGGCCUGCAGGCCGUCCAUCGGCAGAUGAAGGCUGUAAUGGACCAAGUCUUGACAGCUGGCCACCAAGACGGCCACUGUGUUUCAGACUGGAGAACAACCUUCCCUCCGCGAGGGCGAGGGGGUCCUGGAGGAACGUCUGGAAGUGACUACGUUUGGGGAGAUCAAGAGGACAAUGAAACUUAUUCGCCCUACACGACUGCAACAUCUGGAGAGAGAAGUCGGAAAGUUGGUGUCUUGGCAUAUCGAAACGAUUUUGUAUCCCCUACACCUGAUAUGGCGAUGCCGUGCAGCGUCUACAGGUGGCAGUUGCGUCUUCGAUCACACAACAUGCGCGAGCGUGCGGUCUCAUACACUGCAGUGGAUGCGGUGAAUGGAUGCUGGUCGAUGAUGGAGAGCAGCUUGAGGUUCGAGUCUCGGCCAGUCGUUCUGGAAUCCCAGAGCUGCACGAAAGACCCAGAGGAUGACGACUUUGUGUUCGAUCCGUGCUGUAACUUGCAAAGGCUCAGGUGGCAGUGCUGUGCCAAGCAGACAAAGACACUGCAGCAAUCUGUGCUGACGUCGGUGGAUUUCAAUGCAAUGGCUCAGUGUCGCAAGGAUGAGCAUGGAAGGGCAAGUUUUGCCAAAGCGGCUAUUGCAGCUGCAAUGGCCUGGAAAAGACGCUUGACGGAGCCGCUGGGUGUGCAGCUCAGUUGGAUGAAGUUGGCUCUUCACGAACAGGCCAAUGCUGCGAUGUGGCGAUCAAUCGAGCAGUGUCAUGCGGAUGUCAUGGGCCGCUUUGAUCGUGAGACUGGUAUGUACCUGGGCACACCAUGCGUCAUUGACAGCGAUUGUUUCACACGCUGCCGGAAGCCAGUCUUAGAAAGCUUGGAGGUUAGGGUUGCGCUGAACCAGGGAUCUCCAGUGAAGAGGACGGUUUUAGGACGAUGCACUGUUCCCUCCGAGAGCCGCCACGUCUACAUCGUUCGCUGCCUCGCCCGGCGUUUGGGCAAGGAGGUGGUGGAGCUGCUGGCAAAGCAGCUGGGCCUUGAAGUUCCUAGCAGGAACGAAGAGGCCAUUGCCACUUCCCUCACGGACCCCUCCCACAUGACGAGCGCGUGCGUAGGACCAUUGGCAACGCCCGGCUGGGCCGUGUCGAUGCAGGAAUGUUUGAGACAAGAGGGCUGCAACUGGCACCAUGAGAUAAGAUCUGCAGCAGAAUGUACAGCUGAGCAGUUCCAAAACAAUGAGUUCUGUGGCUGUCUGGAGGGCAGCUGCCCGCAACAGAGCAGGCGAGCUGGGUGCAUUACUGGUGCCAAGUACACAGACUAUUGCACAGAUGCUCGGGAGAUGCUGCGGCCUUUGGAACUGGCGUGUGCAAGCAUUGCCACAAGCUCGCUCGAGCUCGCUCGGUGUCGAAACUUGGCAGACGUACACAGCUUCAUGUUCAGGCACUGCAUUUCAUCUCCUUGUUUACCAAGAGCUUCUUUCUUUUGGGCGGAUGAGAAGUGCAACGACAACAUGAGACGUGAGUUCCAGGGUUGCUAUGAUUCCUGUGUCAUGCCCAGUGGGCCGAAUCCUUCAAUAGACCGAAGUGUUUGUUUCCACGAGUUGUGGCCCAACGAAACUGAUCAAGACUGCUACCAGAAGCCGGGCGAUACAAUGGUCCAUUACAGCCCACCUUCAGGUGCCGAAAGCAUCGACGAGAAUUGGGCUGGUGCGCUGCGUCUUGAGUUGCCCAGUGACCGCCGGCCCCGAUACUGCUCCAUCCGCUUGUGGCAAGAGCUGGAGCAGGCCUACCCGCCGCGUUCCCUGGCAUCCGAAAGGGCGGCCUUGCUGUACCGGGUGAGCCGCGAGAGCCGCGAGAACGAGGCCGAGCUUCGACGCACGGAGGGCCAGAGGAGGGAAGAUGAGGUUUUUUCCACUGCGGAGCCUCCGAGAUUCACAGGUUGCGACAUGGGCCUCUUGCCGCUGACAGCAGAUUCCACCAUUGCCUGUAGAGCAAAGACCGAGUUCACAUGCUGUUUUAUGCCGACAAACCUCACAGCAGGUGCUUGUGAAUUCUGCGCAUUGGCAAAUACAACGUCCUGCAGCAUCGGACAGAGGCUCUCUGCAAUUUGGGCACCCAAUCUCCAGCUUUACUCGGCGGUGUUGGCAGAAGACCUAGGCAGCGAUUUGGCCCGGGUAGACUGGGAAGAUGGUGAUACCUAUUACCGUCAGGUUCCAUGGGCCUGGCUGCGAAGCAGCUCUGGAACAGGUUGUCAUCCCGUCGAGGAGGGCUGUGCAGCUCACCACCAAUGCCCUGUUGGUUUCUACUGCUUCAGCUGUGAGACAUGUGCACUGGCCUAUGGAGGGAACCCUCCCCCGGGUCUUUGUGACCCAUGUCCAACACAUAGGGGCGGUGGCUGCGGGCGGCUCGAUGCGUGCACGCGCCUGCAGGAUAGCAUUGACAACGUCUGCCCCACGGAGGGUUUGAUUGAAUGCCCUUGCAAGGAGGAGUGGAGUGUGAGGUACCAGUAUCCAGGGGCACCGUCGGAACAGAGCAUAAACGAUUGCUACUUCGACGUGUCGUCCAACAGUCGCUGGUGCGAAGUGGAUGAAUCCUACUUUGGUACCGGGUGCAAUCUUCAGAGACUAGUGGGCAAAGAUCGGUUCAUUUUUUGGCAGACUUGCCGCCCAAAGACCUGCGACUUCUGCAACUGUGACUGUAGCGAGAAUUGUCAGGCUUUCGACGUGCUUCCCUCAUACGGCCGCCUUCCGGCCGAAGUUGUGCCUGGAGCGCUGGAUGCCAUGCUGAGCAACUCGAUGAAGCGCUUUGCCGGAAUCGUCGCUCCAAAUUGCACACAAGGAAGUUCUGCCCGCAUCCGCGACAUUUGCGAAUACUGCGUGGCCUGCUGCAAUGAUUUCUGCAAUGCAAAAGCCAAGGCUGAAGGCGGCUUUGACUGUACGACCACUGAGGUAUCAGGCUGCUCUGACAUGGUGCAUGGAUGGGUGGACAGCGUGGGCCGAAACUGCCCAAGCUAUGUGAUAGACAGUCUCUGCACCCAGCAAGGCCUCUAUGGGACCAAUUGGGUGUACAACCCCCCGCGUACAUUCGCAGACUUUUCCUCCAGUGGCCUGGCUGCGACUGAUGUUUGUUGCGACUGUGGUGGUGGAGUGGACUGCAGCGACAGUCCCUUCGACUGGGCCGAUUCCGAUGGGCAUGGCUGCACGACUUACGAAACCUUCAAGUGGUGCAAUCGGACUGGGUAUGGCCCUGGCUGGGACUUGACUUGGGGACCUUUCAAGCUUGGCACCAGUGGCGUGGAUGCCCACACGGCCUGUUGCAUCUGCGGUGGUGGGCAAGGCCUGGUGGUCCCGGAGGUCAUCAACAAUUUAGUGAACGAUGAAGCAACUUGCAUGGCCGUAUGGCCCGGGCGAGCACAGUGGCAGCCUCCUCCGUGGUUUCAGCGCGGCAUUCACCUCUGUCAGCUACACAGCAACAUCUGCGGUCGCAAGCUGCAGGCGACUAUGUAUGAUCCGGCAACCGCGUCAAACUUGGCCGACGACGAGCGCAUCUUUGGGCUUUGCCUCCAGCGAGCUUACGACACGGGCACGCUCCCUUACCUGGAAGACUUUGAAAUGUCUCUAGCCCCAAUUGGGCCCGGGCGACGUCUUCAGAGGAUACCGUCUGGAAAUGCAUCCUUUGUAAAACUUCUAUCAAGGAAGAUGAACUCCAGCGCCUUGCGGCGCCUUGCCAGCCAUUUCAACUUUUCAAGGCGAAUGGCGGUUCUGGAUCGAAAUCAACAGAUGGAUCCGACCCUCUUGACGAGGCAGCUUUUCCGCGAGGGUGCAUCUAUACGUGUGGACUUCUUUGGUAAUCGUGGUCUCGGUGUAUGCUAUUAUAGGAUGCCAGAUCCACGUGAGAUGUAUGGUGGUGCAAACCGCGAGGUCUUUCCUCCACCUCUGCUUCCCACGAGGACCACAGAAACAGACGUUUUCGAGAGGCCCACGCUUCAAGCUCUCGGAUGGCCGCAAAGCUUCUGGAGCGCUCUCUUUGAGGAUGGUGAUGCAGCGUCUGCGCUUGAUCUCGUCGUGAACCCACAGAGGUUCAACACCGCAGGUGAUUUCAGUACCGUGCUGCGAGGUUUGCUUGCCAAACACAAUGUUCAGCUCGUCCUUAAGGGCGAGUUUGACAACCGAGUCCAGAACUGGACCGCUUGGUUGGCCACCCUGUCAUGCAAAGGUCCUGAGGACGAUCUCACAAAGUUCAGCCAAGGAACAGAAUGGCGCCCUGCAAUCCUUCACGAACGUGAAAGCUGUCGUGUGUCUCGCUGUGAUGUAGACGACAUGAUUCUGGACGAGCUAACUUGCCGUCUGACUUAUGGCUGCACGGCAUCAUGCACGUUCUGUGCAUCUCCAGCACUCGCCACUCAAGACAACGGCCUCUGUGUGUCAACUGACACUUCGAGCUGCACCAACUUGGGAGGUAUGGUUGUUCAGGGAGAUCUCUUCGACGAAAGAAUGGGGGUGAGGCGGUUUCAGCGAGUCUGUGCUCUCCGGCAUCGGCCCACGAUCUACUGCAUGGGUCCCGGGUUCUCGGUCAAGCGCUGUGAGAACUUCGACGAGCAAAGCUGCGAGCAAGAUCCGCUAGCGACUUUGAUGGGAUGCUACCAGGGAGUCCGGCCCUGCCAAACAGAAGGUCGCUGCCAGAUGUCCGGACACUGCAGCGAUACAGACAUUGGCCUGAACCUGGCCAGUCCGGGGACAUGUGUGAUUACUCCGCUUGACGACAACCUCUUGCAGCAGGGCUGUUCGAUUGGAGGAGCUGGUACAUUCCCGGACGGAUUGUGCUUCUUCCGCUUGGACCCUGCCUUUGGUAUGGAAGUCCGACGCCGCCAUGGCUUGAUGGAUCUGUCCAAUCUGACUUCUGAUGGAGUGGGCACAGAGCUUGAAGACGCUGCUGCCUGGGCCGCAUCAUUGCAAGAGGCCCGGCUCGCAUCGGAGACGACCAACACGGACCUACUGCGUGCUCGGCUGCGAGAUGCCGGAAAGCUGAACCGCUCCGAAUGUGAGGCGCUGAAUCCGUUGGCGCCACCUUUUGAAGCCGUUUGGAUUGAGCGAUCCGUGACCCCACAAGGAUGUGCCCGUUGGAAAGCUUGUUGCCUGCUGCAGCAAGGCGACCGAUGUGAGCUUUUCACCAACAAUGCAGUCAAUGCAGAAGCCGACCCGGACCUUGCACAAGCAAAGGAGGCUGAGUGUUCCGAAUGCGGUGGACACUGGGUUGAGAUUUUCUCAUGGACGGCAGGUGUGUGGAAGCGGGGUGAUCUACUCUCGCCACAAAGAGGUUGGUACAGCCGCCGCUGGGGGAGCAUCAAUCGCUGGGUUGAAGUUGUGGAUAUUGACCUACUGCGACGGCUAUUCGAGAAUGCAUUGGAGGAGCGGCUUGGGAGACAACGCCUCAAUGCGGCCGUUAGCAUGGUGGAGCCCCUCAUGACCUCAUUGCAGCUUUUCGCAGCUGCUUGUGGGGAUGGGGCCGACGUAAUGGAUGCUUCAGUGCAAAGGGCAGAGUUUCUCGACGACAAGCUCGCUGCACCUCCUAGCAUACAGCUACCUUCCGGCACCUUUCAGCUGGGACAGAUUCUAGCAACGUCCGGUCUCAUAAGUUCUGGAUCCGUCGGAGAUGUGCAGCUUUCCUGGCAUGAGUAUAGUGCAUCACGAUUCGGUGAAGCAAGUGGGCCAGCAGUGACUUACGAUAUCAGCCUAAUGCCCUUUGAGUAUAUGCUUGGAGCUGCAGCGUCGCAGAUCGCCUUGCCCGGUAGGUCGGGACUGGUGCGGAACUAUCUGCUCGAUUAUUUGAUUGUCCAAGACACUACCACCACCCUGUCUCCUGCGAGCAUGGAGACCAUCGAUGCGGGCGGCAUACGUGGCGGCUAUCCUGCGUGGAUCAUCAACGAGAUGCUCAGGUUGGACAUCGACGAAGAGGCGGAAGCAGAAGAGGCGGCCGCACUGGCCGAAAAGCUGGCGGCCACGGAAGAGACCCGGCGCCAGGAGCGGCUCCGAGCUCAGGAAGCCGCGGCUCAGGCCGCAGAUGCCGCCUCCGAACUGCCUCCCGCCUCCCUUUUUGUUCUAACUGGCGAGUACCUUGAGAACAACUCGGACGAUGGCUCUCAAACUGGUGACGCCUUCCACCUUGCCAGCUUCGACUGCAGGAAUAUUGUUGCAAAUGCUCAGGGUGAAGUUUUUGGGCAGAUUAUCGGGGAUUGCGUGCAGGUGCAGAGCUCCCAGACGAUCGAGAACUCUGUAGAGCUAUGCUUGCCUCUGAGCUUUGGGACGCCAGAGGACAUCGGCGCCUUCAACAGUACGGCUCAGGUGGACGUGGCUGGCAUGCGCUUCGAUUUUGCUGUGAGCAGGAUCGUUCCUGACACUUACGAGACUGAGCUGCCUCCUCCCCUGCAGUCAGGCACUGAAGUUCCCGGCAGGCUUGGGGAUGUCAUGUGGAACUGGAAGGACAGCGGCACCUAUGGUCGUUUGGUCCCAGGCAGUUUCCACCUGACUCCAGCCAAUCUCGCUGCCGAGUUGCGCACCGACGGAGCUACAGGGGCCCGGCUUUGCUCCCGUAUCUUUGCGGCGGAGACAUACUGUCCCAUUCUACGCCUUGGCACGCACUUCCGUGCCCCGAUCUGGACGAAUGCUACAGGACAACCUCGGGUAGGCGGCUUCGAGUCAGGCUGCGCUCGUUUCGACGGCCUGCUAGCUGAAAUCCAUCGCAGGCAAAUGGGGCACAUGAGCUCUCCGGUCGCCUACGUGCCCUUGGAUCAGCAGGUGGCAGAGGAAGAGAUCCUUGAAGAAAGGCUCAGCAAGGGAGUGCUCUCGACAGUGGACCCCACCUCAGAUUUGCCUGUCUGCUUGCCCGGUCAAUGCCUCGUGCGGCGCGACAACGGGCUUCAAAUAAUGAGCGUAGAUUCCAGUGGUGGGAGAUGUGCAAUAAACUGUUAG